UUUAUGACUGGGGAAACUGAUUUCCACGUUUUUCAUGUGUACAUAUCUAGUCCUUACAUUGAUCGGGGGUUACUUUCCUCCACUCAAACUUCAAGCAUCUUGAGAGACGCCUCACGAUGAAUCCCAGUCAGAGUGGUAUAAUUGUUUUUUCACUUAACUCUAACAAAGACUUGUCUGAGAAAAUCGCCAGGAAAUUGGGAAUUGAGUUGGCCGCGUGCAGUGUUGGGAAAUUUCAGAAUCAAGAAACUUCCGUUAAGAUAGGAAUCUCAGUUCGUGGUAAAGAUGUGUACAUUAUACAGUCAGGAUUGGGCAUCAUCACAGUUGAUCUUCAUGCUAAGGAGAUUCAGGGGUUUUAUGAUGCUCCAGUUGACAAUUUGAGGGCUUCACCAUUUCUAGUUCAAUAUAUCACAGAAAAGGUUGCUGACUACAGAAAUGCAGUUAUAAUUGCAAGGAAUCCAGGGUCAGCCAUCAGGGCCACCUCUUUUGCUGAGCGUCUACGACUUGGAUUGGCUGUGAUACAUGGUGAACAAAAGGAGAUGGAAAGUGAGCAACUUGAUGGUCGUCAGUCUCCACCUCCUACGUUAGCUGAGGGACGUCGUUUUGCAUCUGUCAGUAUUGACAGCAUGUCUCUACCAGGAUUUCUUCCCAAAGCUAAACCUCCAAUUAACGUUGUGGGUGAUGUAGGAGGCAAGAUUGCCAUCAUUGUGGAUGAUAUGAUAGACGAAGCAGAGUCAUUUGUAAAUGCCGCCAAGCUCCUGAAGGAUCGUGGGGCAUAUAAGAUUUUAGUGAUGGUCACUCAUGGCCUGUUGUCAGCGGAUGCGCCAGAACUGAUUGAGGAAUCCGCGAUCGAUGAGGUUGUCAUCACAAACACAGUAUCUCAUGAUACGAAGAUGACUCGCUGUAGUAAAAUCAGAACGGUGGAUAUCAGCUCACUUUUGGCCGAGGCCAUCCGCAGAAUUCACAAUGGCGAGUCAAUGGGAUAUCUGUUUAGAAAUGUUCCUUUGGAGGAUUAGCCGAGAUGGCGCGUUGAACUGAGUCUGAAGUAAAGUUAGUUUUGGAAGACUUUCGUGGAAAUUUCAGACAGUAUUUACUGUGAGAAAAUAUCUUGAGUGCGUUUAGCAAACUAACAGCCUCAC